AACGGAGCAAUGAAUCUCUGAAUUCUAUUCAUUUUAUAAUCAUUGAUUCAAACAAUUUGAGAAAGAAGCUCAUGAGGAUGAACCUAAAUUUUGCAUAUUUAUUUCUAUUUAUCAUUAACUUGUUUUAUUUCCCUUGACUCAUACGUGCGACUGAUUCGUGCUUCUCCCUCGUUCAUCACCUAUUACCUGUGUUUUCAUGGUUGUGGGGGAGGAACAUUUUUUCCGUUUUGGUGGAUAAGAGAUGGUUGUGAUUCAAGCUUCAUUUCUGGACAUUGGCUUCUCUUCUUCUGCUUCGCAUCCUCGUUUAAUCUACCCUAUAAAUCGCCAUUUUUAUCAUAAAUCCUUGCCUCAUGUCCAACAUUCCACACUUCAAUAUAGAGGUUGUAAAAUUGAUUCACUGAAAAAUGCUAGAAUUGCAAAAUCAAGGGUUACUGUAUGCUCUGUUGAAGCUGGGCAAGAGUCUCAUACUGUGAGAGAGAGAAGUGUCUCAGUUGUCCUACUUGCUGGAGGGAAGGGCAAGAGGAUGGGGGCUAGCAUGCCAAAGCAGUAUCUUCCACUUCUAGGUCAACCAAUUGCAUUGUAUAGUUUCAACACUUUCUCUCACAUGGUUGAAGUAAAAGAAAUCGUUGUUGUUUGUGAUCCUUCAUACAGAGACGUUUUUGAAGAUGCCAAAGGAGACAACCUAGCUGAACUUAAAUUUGCUCUGCCUGGGAAGGAAAGACAGGAUUCAGUUUACAAUGGAUUCCAGGCUAUUGAUCCAAAUUCUGAGCUGGUCUGCAUUCAUGAUUCUGCAAGACCUCUGGUAUUGGCAAGAGAUGUGAAAAAGGUCCUUAUAGAUGGAUUGUCAAUCGGUGCUGCUGUUCUUGGUGUUCCAGUGAAGGCCACUAUCAAAGAGGCAAACAGUGAAUCCUUUGUAGUUAAAACACUUGACAGGAAAACACUAUGGGAGAUGCAGACUCCACAGGUCAUCAAGCCUGAGUUGCUGAGAAAGGGUUUUGAGCUUGUAAAUAGUGGAGGUCUAGAAGUUACCGAUGACGUUUCAAUAGUCGAGCACAUUAAGCAUCCUGUUUACAUCACAGAAGGAUCUUACACCAACAUUAAGGUUACUACUCCUGAUGACAUGUUAUUGGCAGAGAGAAUAUUAAAUUUGAAUUCUGAGGAGUCUUCAUAAACAUUUUCUAGUUUUACCAUUCUUGUCAUUUCACCUCUUGAAAGAAAGAAACGAAAAAGAUGUCUGUUUCAUUUAUGAAUUUUUCAGAAUAAAUUAGCUUUUGGUCCUGCAAUUUUUUGCGUCAAGCAGAAGUUGUAAACAAUAAACGAUGAGAGUAUGAAGUUUCUUAUUGGAUUUGCA